GUUGCCAUGAUUUAAAUUUUAAUUAGAUUUAAAUCCAGGUGCAGACAGAACAACAACCUUCUAAAAAUCUCCACUUUCAUCUCGUCAGCCCACAGAACAUUUUACCAAGGUUGGAGAUCAUGGAGAUUUUUUUGGCAAAGUGAAACAAUAGAAAUGAUGGAACUGGACGUAAAAGGUAGAGAAACGGUGAUGAAUGCAGGAGAGGAGGCAAAAGAUGACCAGGCUGGUAAAUUCUGGUAAAUUCUCAGUAUCCUCCCUGCAUCUGGAGAGCGCAGACGCCUCUGAACCCCCUCCGGAUACCACCGGGGGCUUCCUGCAGCACCGCCUGGACAUACGGACCGAGCCCAAACAUCUAGACCCGCAUCAGCUAAAGAUCUGCAGCGUUAUCAGGCUGAGAGAACCUGGAGACUAAAGGUGUUCCCGUCUCUGAUUUCACACCUGGAGGCCACGGAGCAACAUGGACUUCACCCACUUCUGGCUCCUCGCCACCACCCUGAUGCUCAUCCAUCAGUUUCAAGCAUCUGUCAUGAGCCCCGUGGCGGAGGAGGGUCCCGUGGCGAAGGAGGAGGGGCCCCUCGCGCUGCUCGCCCACGAGGCCCACCGGCGGGAAAAGCGCUGCUCCUGCGAGAAUCAGAAAGACAAGGAGUGCAUUUUCUUCUGCCACAUCGGCAUCGUGUGGGUCAACACCCCCAGCCAGUUGGUGCCGUACGGCUUCGGGUCGGUGCGCCUCCGGAGGGAGCUGCAGCGCUGCUUCUGCGCCGACCCUCAGGACACCGAGUGUUUCAGCUUCUGCUCCAAGCACACGCAAACAUUGGAAGGGAACUCUGCUGUGAAGAGGAAGGCUGAGAAACUGCAGAGCUACAGAACGGCAUUGUGGGAAAAAAGAAGCCGGCACGCUCUCAAACACCAGACCUGAGACUGAGGCGGCGCCCCAGUAACUCCAGCUCUUCGCAGUGGAAGUCCUUAAAGUAUCU